AUGGCCGAAAUGACUGCAACACCGUCAGCCACGCCAGCGUCACCCGCCGUCGCCAGCGGCGGCGGUGGCGUCUCCUACAGCAGCGGCCUGCUGGCUCAGGAAAGGGAGCGGUCGGCGUUUCGUCACGGGCUGAUGGAAUUGUCCCGCUGUUUGGCACGCCUUCAGCCGACGCCAUGGCCCAAGGUUGCCAAGGUGAUGGCCGCCUGUCCCGUGGAGCUCUCGCGCGGCGUGUUCCGCAUCGACCAGCGUGGCCAGGACGCCGUCGUUUCCCUGUGCGUGUACCUGGUCGAGUCUGGCUUCCAGCACCGCGAGCGCAUCGUGCCGUACCUGAUGAAGCUUCUGCGAGGUCUGCUCAAGGCCAACUUCGUUGAGGAAGUGAAGUACGAGCCGGACGAGAGGAUUCCCGUGAGGGAGCGCUUCUGCUUCCUCCUGCAAACGGUGCUGUCCGACGUGGCGUACUACUGCGACGAGCUGGGCGAGGAGAUCACCAACUGCCAGCUCGACUUCCUCGGCGCCCUGGUGCGCAUCUGUGCCAGCGCGCACGCCUGCCAGCUCGGCCAGCGCGGAACCGUCGGCCAAACAGUGGUUCCGCUGAUAUUCGGCACGUGCCGCGCUCUGGGCCGCGCCAGCGUCGAGCUGCCGUUCAUUAUCUGCCGGAUCUUCCCGCCGCCAGAGAAGGUGAACUUCGUCGAGGACGAGCUGGGAGUCGAGAGCUACGCCAAGAAGAAGCGGCGAGCCGAGAUGUACAACCCGAACAUGGUGUCGCGCCGCGCCAUGGUCGACUACUGGAUGGCGAAGGCGUGCCGUGGCGCUGCUCGUGAGCGCCGCGAGGGCUUGCUGCCGUACGAGAACAUUACGACGCCGAUUCCGUUCCAGGCGUCCACGUUCCUCUUCCGGACGUUCGGCUCGUCCUUUAGCCAGAUCCGAGUCGUCGCGGAACGACCCGAAGUCGCUGCCAAAAACCACACGCUGUUCUCGGGUAACAAGAUACAGUGUCCAUUUUUCAAGCGACAGUCAAAAAGACACUUAUCCUUGCGUACGCCGACCGCAUUCCUGUCGGACGAGAUGAUCGACUACCUGGACCAGUGUGCCGUCAGUGCGCACGACACAGGACAGCUCGCCAUCAAUCCGUAUCGCUCGUUCGGGGAGAUGCUCAAGAUGGUGUGGAUAAACCUGCUCUAUGAGCUACUCUGCUCGUACACCCUCGCCGAAAAGGACGAAUGGAAGACGAAUUCGCCGCUCUUCUUCAGUCUCGCGAAGGACAUCCAGAAGCUCGCCAAGCAUCUCUUUCUUGCCGGCCAGAAGGACAUACAGGUGAAGGCGUACGAUGCGAGCGAGCAGGAACAGAAGGAGCAUGGAUACGCGUGCGUGCACCGGUUCCGUGCGAGCGUUCAGACGGUGGCCACUUGCGUGGAGAUCCUCGUUUGGGCCGAGGUUGACGAGAACGGCGCCGACCUGCUGUGCGGCAAGCUCGCCGAGAAGCUGCAAGCGGCCCAUGGUCUCAAGCUUGCACUGGGUCACCUCCCCAUACUCAUCAGCUGCCUGGAUGGCAUCAGGACGCUGGCCGAGAUGUUCCCACUGAUCGUGGACGGCUGCGUGCUGGCGGCGCGCGAUUUCCUCGGUGCUCCGGCGCCCGUCCUGCUCAAGCUUUACCAGUGCAUGGAAGAGCUCGUCAGUGGCGACAACGCUGGCGUCAGGUCCAUCUGUCAGGCAGCACUCAGACAGGUACGCGAUGCCGGCAUCGAGUGCCUGUGUGGAGUGCUUCGAGUGGGCGUUGAGCGUGAUCCCGAGAUUGUGCAAGCGUACUUGGCCUCUGCCUCAAAUCGACUCUUCCAGGCCGAAAUAAGCGGCGGAGAAGGAGCCCUGAUCGCCAUCAACACGGUCAUGGCGUUGGGCAAGAUGGCGGUGCUGCUGAAGGGCACGCCGAAGACGGAAAAGUCGGUGCUGCAGUUCUUCCAACAGCGCUUCUGUAAACCGCCUUCGACGCUGGACACACUCAUUGUGGAUCAGAUGGGCCGCAUGCUGGUCGCUAAGGUGGACCGGACUGUCAGGGACGAGAUCUUGAAGAUGCUCACCAUGGUAACGCUUGUAUCCAACUCCGCUUACAAUGUGAGCAUCACUUACUACAUUAUAUUCAGGUUUCCCGGCUACAGACAUGUAGCCUUGCCCGUCAUCAAGGUCCUUAUCAAGGUGGCCUCGGGCAUCGAAGGCUCGGACGAGCAGCUCGAGAUGCUCGGUACCCUUCUCGAGCUAUUCGUGCAGAUCGGACUCGACGGUUGUCGUUACUGCGAGAACCAGCUGGCCUUUAAGGACUCUGGCUGCGCCGCAAACAUGGGUGUUCUCAUACCUGUCAUCUCUGCACUGGUGCAGCGUAUGGACCCCGUCGUGGGUGCCAAGCCGCGGAUGCACAAGCUAUUCUGGGACUUCUGGCUGUACGCCUCACUCAUGGGCUUCACCGUGCUCUCCGGCGUGUGGCCCAUCGACUGGUACUACGGCACCGCUGACAUCGCCCUCAAGUCCCCCAUCCUGGUAUGCAAGGAACACCUAAGGCCCAUCCUGCAGUUCAACAACCCUAUCCGUCACGAGACCGCGGCCAUCGUCGACCUGAACGACGUCAAGUUCCAGCUCCUGAAGGAACUCAAGGGAGGUACCGAGAUAAGCACAAUACUGUACAAGAUGAACUACCAGCAGGCCACCUACCUUCUUUCCGAACGACUUGGAGCCCUUCGAGUUCAGAACUCCGUGACCACUAAGACGCCGUACCAGACCAUUAUGCAGUACCUCGAGUUCCCGCUCAUCCAGAAGGACAAAGGUGGCAUGUUCAUUUGCAUGUCGGCCGUUGCCGACAAGGUCUUCGAGAUGUUCCUCGAUGUGAUGCAGGACAAGCCCAAGCACGAGGACCGUGAGGCCGAGCUGGAGGAGGCAUUUGUGUUCCUCCUCGUGAAGUUCUCGAUCCCCGAAAAGCAGAUACGGCGCGUGGCCGACAAGUUCAUUUCGAAUUUCAUCGAUCGCUUCCCGCAUUUGUUGUGGAGCGGGCAGGUCCUCUGGGCCAUGCUGGACAUCUUGCAGGCACUGGCCUACUCCCUGGAGCUGGACCCCAAUGAGACCGGCCAGGAGGUGAUCGUCCCCUUCACCCCGUACUCAAUCACACUAACUGACACCAUGGACGGACGGGAGACCAUUGUUCGGGAUCUGGCCGCCCACUGCCAGGGUAUCGUUCAGGAGGCUGUCAAAUGGGCACCCAUAGCUACGCGCUCCCACCUCCAAGAGUACAUGGUCACCAACUCGGAACUGGUUGAGGCGCUGACCCAGCAUACCGGUGUGGGCCUGGCCAUUGAAAGCAUCAUGCUUUUCGCAGGCCUGAACGCGAGUUCCUCACCCCAGUCCACUUCCCUGCUAGAGCGGUGGCCGGCUUGCGUCAAGAAGGACUACUCCGAGUUUGUGUGCUCCAUGGAGAUACGCUGCCGGUAUUCGGGAGAAGUGGCGGGCCUGCUCAUGAGUUCCAAGAACACGGAAUACACGCGAAAGGAGCUCGCGGCCAAGCUGCUCAACCAGCUGCACACCAGUUGGAAGACGUCGAACAAGAAGCUCCACAAGCGAUGUAUAUUCCGCAUAUGCGCCCUAUUGGUCAGCAUGAAAGGUCUGGACCGGAGGCUGUUGCGGGCUCUGUGCUGGUCGCCCGUCGAGUACUUCUCCGAGGAGCCGACACGCAACGCCAUUUACUGCUGGCAGUGGUUCCUGGCGGCCAAGCCCGACCAGGAGCUUCGCUUCCUGCACGAGAUGUCCAACGCGUGGCUGGCCACGGUCGAACGUGAGCUGGGCCUCUUCUCGAAGGACCCCGUGCAGACGGACCCGUGUGCCGUUGGCGAGAAGAGCGACUUGCGACCGAAGUCUCCUUACAUCGCGCCGCACGAGGUGUGGGUCAACUUCAUCGUUGAGAAGAUUGAGUCGGCCAAGUUCAGCAGUCAGGCAGAGAUCGAAAUAUUCACCAACCUCUUCUACCGGUCCUUCUCAGCCACCAUCGGGGACGAGAAAUUCAGCUGCCGUCACAUAUCGGUGGUAGGAACGAGGUUCAACCUGCUGAGCAGUGCCGUGUCGCUACUGCAGAGCGACGCCGACGCGCUGAGUAGCCAGAUGAUCCGCAGCAUCCUCAGGGAGCGCAUCUACUCCGCAUGCCUGGACUACUUCUGUGGGCCGCAGUCGUUCCCGACCGAGCGCGGAGGCAAGCUACGCGAGAGCAUACUCAUGAUGGUAAAGUUCUGGAUGGCGAUGCACAACGACAAGAAGUUCCUGCGCCGCACCAGUUUCGGCAAAGACAUUGUGGGUAACCAGCUGGCUAAUCGCAGCCAAGGGUCGUCGGUGGGAAGCUCGGCGACGGAGAGCGGCUACACGCAGGCUGACUCGUUCCCCACGACGCCCGCCGGCUGGCAGCAGCAGGGCUACAGCCGGCCGUCGACCGAAAGCUCGUCGAGCUCGACCCGAGGCACGACCACGACCACGACGACGUCGCGGGAGAUGCGCGAGACGCCACUCGUUUCGGACUCGGCGUACGCCAAGGAGUACCUGCGCAAGCGGUCGCUCAUCCUGGCGCUUCUGUCGGUGGAGAUCGAGUUCCUGAUCACGUGGUACAACCCGCUCUCGCUGCCGGACAGGGCUGUGCCCGGCGAGGAGAUCAUCAGCGCUUGGAGGAGCCAGCACAUCACCGAGAGGGGUUGGGUCGACAUGGUCCAGUGCGCCUGGAACCUCUCACCGUUGCUGGCCGUCUACCUGCCCAGCCGCUUUCGAUCAUCCGACGCUCUUCGUGGCGAAGUGACCAGACUAGUGCAGGCGAACCCGGACCUGGUGUGCCACAUACCCGAGGCUCUACAGUACAUGAUAACGCCCGACUUCGUGCUCGAGGACAAUCCAGACCUGUCCUACCUGCAAGCCUGGGCGCCCGUGUCACCCGUCAAAGUGCUCGCCUUCUUCUCGCGUCUCUACUCGCCACACCCGAUCACGGCGCAGUACGCCAUCCGGGUCCUUUCGGCUUGCCCACCGGACGUGCUCAUGUUCUACAUCCCGCAGCUGGCGCAAGCCGUGCGCUACGACAACAUGGGCUACAUCCGCAACUUCAUCAUCACGUCGGCGAACAUCAGCCAGCUGUUGACGCACCAGUUCAUCUGGAACAUGCGCACCAACAUGUUCCGCGACGAGGACGGACAGGAGAAGGACGCUGACCUAUUCGAGGUGUUCAACUCCAUGAUCGACACCAUGGUCAACAACCUGACGGGCAAGGAGAAGCUGUUCUACGAGUCAGAGUUCGACUUCUUCACGAAGAUCACCGCCAUAUCUGGAGUGCUGAGGCACUUUCCAAAGGGUCCGGAACGCAAGCGGGCCUGCCUCUGCGAGCUGUCCAAGAUCAAGGUGGAGCAAGGGUCGUACCUGCCUUCCAGCCCCGAAGCGAUUAUUGUGGACAUCGACUACGCAUCCGGGGCGCCAAUGCAGAGCGCCGCCAAGGCGCCCUUUCGCGCGAAGUUCAAGGUGCGCAGCGUGGGCAUCGAGAAGGUGCAGGAGAUCGCCACCGCAGGUUACAAGGACCUGCGCGACUCUGGCUACUUCACCGCCGCGGACAUGCGCAGAGAGCACUGGCAAGCCGCCAUCUUCAAGGUCGGCGACGACGUGCGACAGGACAUGUUGGCGCUCCAGGUCAUCGCGCUCUUCAAGAACGUCUUCAGCAUCGCCGGAAUCGAGGUGUACCUGUUCCCGUACCGCGUGGUGGCCACUUCGCCCGGCUGCGGCGUCAUCGAGUGCGUGCCGGACACCACGUCGCGGGACCAGCUGGGCCGACAGACGGACAUCGGCAUGUACGAGUACUUCCUGCAGAAGUACGGCGACGAAUCCACGCGCACCUUCCAGGAGGCUCGCAGCAACUUCGUCAAGAGCAUGGCCGCCUACAGCGUCGCCAUGUUCCUCCUGCAGGUUAAAGAUCGUCACAACGGUAACCUGCUACUGGACGAAGACGGCCACAUCAUUCACAUCGACUUCGGCUUCCUCUUCGAGAGCUCACCUGGUGGCAACAUCGGCUUCGAGCCGGACAUAAAGCUCACCGAGGAGAUGGUCAUGAUAAUGGGGGGCAAGCAGGAGGCCGAGCCGUUCAAGUGGUACACCGAGCUGUGCGUGCGCUGCUUCCUGGCCGUGAGACCGUUUCGCGAGGACGUGGUCACCCUGGUAUCCCUGAUGCUGGACACCGGUCUGCCCUGUUUCCGAGGACAGACGGUGCGCCUGCUGCGGCUGCGGUUCGCGCCCACGGCCACAGAGCGUGAGGCGGCGGCCUUCAUGAUCAAGAUCAUCAACGACUCGUACCUAAGCAUCAGGACCAGGACGUACGACAUGAUCCAGUACUACCAGAACCAGAUCCCGUACUGA